CCGGAAAGUCUGUCAGUGUUCCGCUUCCUGUCAAGAAAUCCGCUCUCCUACAUCCCAUCAUAAUGCCAAAAUCAAAGGAAGUGCUGUCUUCCACAUCUGGAAGUGACUCCGACAGUGAAGUGGAGACCAAGGCAAAGAGAAAGAAGCCCAGUGCACCAGAGAAACCAGCCAAGAAACCAAAGAGCGGAGAGAGUUCCAAGCCCGGUGGCUCAUCCAGGGGCAGCAGCAACAGUGACGACAACAUGUUCCAGAUUGGGAAGAUGAGAUAUGUCAGUGUCAGGGACUUCAAAGGUAAAGUCCUGAUUGACAUCAGAGAGUACUGGAUGAACCAAGAUGGGGAGAUGAAGCCGGGGAAAAAAGGUAUCUCCCUGAAUCCCGAACAGUGGAACCAGCUGAAGGACCAGAUUUCAGAAAUCGAUGAUGCCAUUAAAAGAAUAUAAGCAUUCCUCUGAGUGUCACCUGUCGGCUGAUCUGUUUUGUAAAAAGCCUGGGAUUGUUUUCUAAUGGACUCGUUUCAUUUGUAGCUGUAUAGGUUUCGUGUUGUCUGCAUACUCUUGUGUUCUGUGUGAACCUUGUGUUUGAGCUGUUGUAGUGAAGGUAUGGGUGGAUGAGUAGGUGGCUGAUCAUUACAGUCGGAUAGGGUCCGUCAACACCGUGACGUUUUUGUAUCACAUAAUAAUGAGGCAGUAGCUUAAUAUUGGUGUUCAGUUAGUGUGUAAGCUCACAUUCACAGUUUGACUGUCAUGUAAAUAUAAAUCAUAGAGACUUUGCUUCAUUUAACCUUUGUAAAAUAUAGCAGCCAGUAUCAGUGCUUUUCAUAUCUGAAAGCAAGGUCAGCCUGUUGUAUUGUACCUGUAGCUAAUUAGAUUCAUGGGUUAGGGUUUGAAAAUAAAAAAAAAACAAUAUUAAACAAACUGACUAACUUCUAAA